AUGAAUUACAUCUGUCGCAACAUUGACAAUGCAAGUAAAGUGAAGAUUUUGCCAAGCGUUAUGUUUUCACCGCCUUUGGCAAAAUAUGUGAAUGAAGUUGCGGAUGUGCAUUCUGUGCAUCCUGAUUCUUUAGCGAUUGUUUUGAUUAAUUGUGUGGCUGCAACAUUGGAAUUCUCAUACGUGUUAAGAUCAAACUGUUCAGCUAAUCAAAUACCAACCAAUAUCUACAAUAUGGUUGUUGCUAGGUCUUCGUAUGGGAAAUCAGAUUUAACGAGAUUGCUUCGUGAUAUGCUCAAGUCUGUAGCUGAUAACCGAUCAACCAAAUUUUGCUCUGCUGCUCAAAUUUCCGCUGGUGAACUAAUCAAUCCAACUUUGGACGAAAUGUCCAGAGCAGGGCUGAUCUCCGCUCUUGAUGACUGCACUCGAAUGCUAGUGUGUGAUGAAGCCGAUAUGACUUUUUCAGAUGUUGGGUUAUUUUUGACCAAUAGCACCUAUCGAACAUCCCCUGAAAUGAACUGCCGCGGUCUUGUAACAUCGUUAUUUGAUCGUGUAUCUCAUCCAUAUGUUAGACAAUUGGCAAAUCGGACUAUCUUGGUAAAACGUUCGAAGUUGAACAUCUUGGGAUGUUCAACGGGUGAUAUCAUUUCCAGUAUGGUCAUCCGAAUGAAGUCGGGCGCUACUUUCGACCCAUCGAUUGGCCGGUUUUUAUUUUGGGCUCUGGAUGGUCCAGUAAUUCCAGAUAAACUGAAACGACGGAAUAUCGACAAUUCCGUUUUUCCAACUCUCAAUCAAUUCGUAGUAGUCUUAUCAUUUAUCGAAAAUACAAUCUUCGAAUUCGAUCUCGAUGCAGUCGAGGCAAUUGUAGAGUGGGGAAAUUCAUACAAAACACAAAGUUAUGACGAACGAAAUAAUAAUGAAUGUUUGUCUGCACGUAUGGGAAAAUCUGUUCAACAUGCCUAUCGAUUUGCGGCGUUUCUACAAACUCUCGAGAUUGGAUUUAGCAUUUGUGAACUCUUCAUACAAUCUCAUCAAUAUUUUCCCGCCAACGGUAUUAUUGGAACUGAUUUCGUUGCGAAAGUUGCCUCACUAUAUCAUUCAAAAUAUUCAAAUCAAUUUGCGCAAAAUAGUGCUAGCCCUUUCCUGAUUUCGAAAGAGGUGGUCCUGCGGGCAAUUGAUACGAUAACGGGCAACAUGCAUCAAUUUAUGUUGUUAUUUGAUAGUACAAAUGCACCACGUAUAUCAGCAGUUGGUCGUCAAGUGAUUGUUGUUUCGCCCGAACAACAGCAUGCAUCCUCGAAUAUACAAGACUCAUCACUGAAUAAGAAGCAACUGAAAAAAAAACAACGAAAUGAUUUUAACUUUAACAGGGUUGCUGUUGCGAUGAUUUUAUAUCCCAGUGUUUGUUUUACUAUCAAACAACUUCAUCAGGAAUCAUCAUUGCACAAUUCUGGUGGAAUUCGUCUGAAAGAUGUAGCCAAGACAUUAACUGAUUCGGAUGUUUUGAUUGUUUGUUCUCACGGGAUACGAAACGCUUCGAAAACAACACCUGUUUUCAUUAAGCAAUUGCCACCUGAGGAUGAAGUUGAUGAAGACACUGUUCUUCAAUCGGCUCUAUCGGAAUACACAAAAGACGGACAACCCGUUUCUUUGGCCUCAUACAAAAAUUCUUGCAACUUGUUUUCGCUAUUAACUGAUGGUGUUGUGCAUAAUGACAUUUAUCGAAUACUUUCUCAACCUGAAUAUAGCACUUGUGCUUUCUACGAAUCACUUCGUUUUCGAAAUUCAACAACAGAUCAAACACCGUCUUCGACUAAUGAUGGUCAAAGUGCUGCUGAUUCUGUUUAUGAGAUCGUUUCAGUUAUGGACGAUCCAGAUCAGAGAAGUGUUGCUCCCGAUAUCUUGUCUCCACUUAUGCACGAAACGGAUGCGUUCUUGUCAAUGAUUCCAGUGAAUGAACAACAAGACCCAUUCGAAAAUAUCAAUCUUGAUCAAAUAGCUUUGAAUAUUGAAAUUUCCGACAUUAUUUCAGCUGAAGAACAGAGUAGUGAUCUCAAUUUGCAUUUUGCUCCUGAUUCGAUAGAAACUAGCGCGGCAAGUAUUAUUGCUGUUCCUAAUAACGACAAAAAUGAUGAACUGAAAUACACUACAAAUGGCGAUGAUCGACAACGUAUUCAUUCGAGUGCAGAGACCAUUACCAGCCACGAACAAAACCGCAAUGCAAAUGAGAUUUUGUCUUCGAAUAAACGAACACUCGACAAACUAAACGAUUCUUUUUGUAGUCCACCGUCUUGUCGAACUCGAUUGAAAUUGAGAAAAAAGAAUAAAGUCUGUCAGCGAAAAAAUGUCACAACCACUACUGUUAAUCGCACUCAAACCAAUCAUCGGAAGCGAAUAAUUAACAAAUCCUAUGAUCACAUUGAACAAUGA